GCAUGCAGGCUUGUGCUCACUGUUGGUCAGACAGUGCUUGUGUGUGUGCACAACUUAGAAGGGCUGAGGGAACUGUGUUGAAGUUAAACUCACUGACACACUGUAAACAUGGCUGCCGCCCAUCGUCUGGUUAUCGUCCGCCACGGCGAGAGCGCCUGGAACCAGGAGAACCGCUUCUGCGGCUGGUUCGACGCUGACCUCAGUGAGAAGGGCGUGGAGGAGGCCAGGCGCGGAGCCCAGGCCAUCAAGGAUGCGGGCAUCAAGUUCGACGUGUGCUACACCUCCGUGCUGAAACGUGCCGUCAAGACCCUGUGGACCAUCAUGGAGAUCACGGACCAGAUGUGGCUGCCCGUGAUUCGCACCUGGCGUCUGAACGAGCGUCACUACGGAGGCCUCACCGGUCUCAACAAGGCCGAGACGGCCGAGAAGCACGGCGAGGAGCAGGUGAAGAUCUGGCGUCGCUCCUUUGACACCCCACCUCCACCCAUGGACAAGGAGCACAACUACAACAAAAUCAUCAGUGAGUCCCGGCGCUACAAGAACCUGAAGCCCGGUGAGCUCCCCACAUGUGAGUCCCUGAAGGACACCAUCGCCCGCGCCCUGCCUUUCUGGAACGACGUGAUCGCGCCUGAAAUCAAGGCUGGAAAGAACGUUAUCAUCGCUGCCCACGGCAACAGCCUCCGCGGCAUCGUCAAGCACUUGGAGGGUAUGUCCGAUGCAGCCAUUAUGGAUCUGAACCUGCCUACAGGCAUCCCAAUCGUGUACGAGCUGGACGCAAACCUGAAGCCCAUAAAGCCCAUGUCUUUCCUCGGCGAUGCGGAAACCGUAAAGAAGGCCAUGGAGGCCGUGGCCGCCCAGGGCAAAGCCAAGAAGUAAGCCUUGCUCUGGAGGCUCCGUGAGAAGACAGAAAAAGAGACUGUUCCUCCUUUUGUGCUUCGGCCUUUCCUCCUUUUCCAUCUUUAUAGUCCAUUCCAACUGGGGGAAUGUUUUUAUGGUUCUUUUGGAGGCCAUUUUCAGCACAUUAGCCCUGUUUGUUUUAAACGACAGACAGAGAGAUGACCUGUCAAUCAAAGCAGACAGACGAGCCCCGCGUUUUACGCAGCCACACAUCACUCAGCCCUUUUAAAUUGUGGUCAAAGCCCUUCCGUUGAGGGCCUCACCACUCUGGCACAACCAAUAAAGAAACCAUGUUUUUAUGUAA